AGAAUCGCAGUUCAGUAGCUGACUUUUUCCUUGCCUUACCGGAGAAGUGAUUCGAGGUGUCAUCCUGGAAUCAAGCUAUCACUGUAAAGGGGUUCGGAUAGUGUUGAUUUAGGGUUUGUAAAUACAUACAGGAAUGGCUGUUGGUACUGGAAUAUCACUGGUCCUGUCUUCAUUGCUGUCUCUGCUGCUCUUCACUGGAAUGCAGAUGUACAGUAAGCAGUUAGCCUCAACAGAGUGGUUCACCAUCCUGGGUGGAUUUCUUGGAUCAGAACUUUUCGUCUUCGCCCUUACUGCCUUUAAUAAUCUAGAAAAUCUGGCUUUUGGAAAAGGAUUUCAGGCAAGAAUAUUUCCUGAAGUCAUCGUGUGUUUGCUGCUGGCUCUUUUGGCUUCUGGACUUGUUCACCGUGUGUGUGUCACAACAUGCUUUAUUUUUUCAAUGUUUGCCAUUUACUACAUCAAUAAGAUUUCUGCAAGUCUAUACCAGAGCACUGCCUCUGUUGCAACACCAGUCAAACCUUCUGGAAAGACAAAGAGAAGAAAUUAACUGUGAUUAUUGCUUAUGAAAAGCUGAAGAGGAGACAAUUUUUGUUUUUUUUGUUUUUUUUUACAGAAAUGUUUACAUUCCAAAUAUUGCAGUUUCACAGCGCCAUAUGAGAUUUAUUAUUAAAAAAAAAGACACCUGA